CUCAGCCUCCCGGUCCGGCUCCAGCUCCUCAGGGGGCGUGGCCAGAGUGCUCAGGUGGGCGGAGUCAGUGGGAGUAAAUCCAGCCUCUGUGUGUGAGCUGCAGGAUAAAAGCUGCUGCUGUCAGGCUGCGGGAUGUUGACGUGCUGGUCUCUGGUCCAGGCUGCUCCGGAUCUUCACUUGACCUUUUUGAAUCUUUGAAUUAAUAUCAGCUGUCAGCAUGUCACAGAGGCUGCAGGAGGUUUUCACCAACAGCACCGAGAGGAACACGACUGGAGCUCAGGACUGGACCGAGGUGUACGAGGCGGUCAGGUGGAUCCAGCUGGUCAUGGCUCUGCUCAGCGUUCUGGGCUCGGCCUCCAUCAUCGUCUGUCUGAUGCUGCAGAGACUCAGCCGGAGGCCGGAGCUGCAGCCUCUGUUCCUGCUCAGUGCGUCCGACCUGCUGCUCGCUCUCUGCUGGCUGAUCCAGGCCGGUCUGUUCUCUCAACGCUGCAGCAGCCUCAACACACACUGCUACCACCUGCACACUGUGGAGCAGACUCUCUACAUGGCCUCCUUCUUCUACACACUCAACUACGUGUGGAACCUCUUCACGGGGAUCAGAGAGAAGUUCUACAGCCUCAGUAGCGGAUAUCCAGUGCAGGUGUCCAACAGAGUGAGCACAGCCGGAAAAAUCACCGCGCUGCUUUCAGGGCUGUUUCCUGUGACGCUGAUGACGCCUGUAUUCAUACAAGGAAGCAUCAGCCAUUGUGAAGCCAACUUCAGCGAGCCCUACAGGUGUCUGCUGAUGCACACCGGAGCGCUGUUCCUGACCCCAGAGCAACAGCAGCCAAUCAGAGCCUGCAGCCUGCUGCACACAUACCGCAUCGCCGUCUUCCUCGCCACCUUCGUCCUCACACUCAUCAGCAUCACAGUGCUCGUGGUAAAAGCCCGCCGCAUUUACAGGCGGGUCGUGACAUCAAACGGUUACCUGGGCAACCAGCAGCGGGCAUCCUUCCGCGUGAUGGACCGCCGGAUGCUCCUGUACCCGCUGAUCUUCGUCCUGUGUUGGGGUCCAGCGGUCAGUCUGGUGUUUCUGCGGGUGGUGAAGCCUUCAGCGGGUCACGACAAGGCCGGAGUCGCCCUCUACGUAUCACAGGCUUUCACCUCGGCCUCUCAGGGGUUCCUCAACUGUCUGGUCUACGGUUGGACUGGUGCACGUUUCCGUCAGGCCGGCAGGAGGGUUUUAUGUCGAGACGUGGACACUCAGACGCCUCUGCUGAGGUCGCAGAAGAAGAGGGACUACCAAGCGCUCCGCACCACCGGCUGACAGGAAGCAGUGACAAACUGAAAGUGAAACCGAGCAGGUGGUUUCUGUCGUCCGCAGCAAACAGAUAAACAGGGUCUGAACUUUCACUUUAACUGAGGGGGAAAACACCAGACUGGGUCUCUGCCGAGGACGCAGACCUCCACCUCUGAUCCUCAACCACUGAGGCGAGAAAAAGAGAAGAAGAAGAACGAGGGGGAGUUUACACCAAGAGGAAGAGCGAAGAAGAAAACAGGAUUUGAAAGAGACGUGGCUGCGUUCGCCCUGUGCCGUCAAACCUCACCCGUUACCAUCCAGGUCACAUGACCCCCGUGGGUCAGCAGGGCCUGCAGCUGUCACGCACCGACAACGAGACUCACACGGCCGACACCGCUCACACACUCUCACGCCAUUCGUCGUUUUUCUGACAGGUAAAAGAGUGAACGGCGUGAAAGGAGGACGCUGACGGAACAAAGAGAAACAUACACAAGUGUUUUCUGCUGCCGUUGACUUCCAUCUCUCUCUCUUCUCACAGUGACACACGGUUACUAUAGUUACAGGGAUGCUCUCACGAUUCCCAAUAACAUGUUUUUAGAUUAGCAUAAAGCUAAAGCAUGACUGUAACUGUGCCUCAAUGCUGAAAUCUAGUAAUAAAAAUACAAAUAAAUC